UUUAAAAGACUUGACCAAGUCAUGAGUCUCUCAGUCAAGACUUUGGCUUUCAACAUGUGGAUAAUAUUUGUCAUCUAAUAGUAGUCUAGACUCUAGGCGUCAAUGGGAUGCGUGAAAAGUGGUAAUGGUACAAUGUAAAAUCAUAUUCAUUAACUGAUUAAAGUGUUUGAAAAGCAGAGCGGGGCCGAGGACAAGUCCAACCCACACGAAUUUUUUCACCGGAUGUUUUGACAUGUGGCGGGAAGUUUGGAGCCACAUAAUACUUCAGUCACCGCUAGCCUGUAACUAGACGUCUUGCUGUAAGGGGACGUAUGGUGGUGCUCUGUGGCCUUGGCAUGCAUUUUUAAUGGCUCCUGUCCCCACUCCCUGCACAGGCUGGAACAGUCCAGGCAUGAGCAGCGCACACCUGGACGAGUGGCAGAGGAGGUCCUUUGACAUUUCGUCUGGCACAUGCACACCUGAACAGACGGCAGAUGCCUAUCGAGCACACCUCCGGUCCAUUCAGUAUGCAUGGGCGAGCCGGGAGCUUUCUCCGGCCGCUGCCGCCAGCCUGCUCAGGACCUACUCGGAGCGCUACGCCGCAGUCCUGGACUCGGACGACCCACGCACCGGUCUCAACAACUACGCGGAGAGCGCGCUCCACGUGGCACGUAACCAGAGGAACCACAGUGACAAGUGGGAGUCGUCCCUGGACAGGGCGAGCGUGCAGAGCCUGCCGUGCGUGCAGAGGAUGAUGCAGACCUGGUCAGGGGUGGCAGGGAAGUCCCUGGUGGCGCCAGCAGAUGUCAACGUUGUUGUCGGCGGUGAGGCCAGUGGGAGUAACAGGAGCUGGGGGCGUGCUGCGGAUCCUUCCACAUCUGGUGGCAGAGCAGAGCUCCCUCAUCCCAGUGGCGUGGGGCUGCUGUCCUCCAGAGGUGAGGGCGUAGCUGCCCCCUCUCACCCCACAGUGAGUGCCGUAGAGAGGCCCAAAGUCUGGGAAGGCAUCCCGUCCACUGCUCAGCAGUGCUCUUUCCCAGCAAAGACUCAGCCUGGAGUGUCUCCUCUCUUUGGACCAAAUGCUGGUAACAGCCUGGGCUCUCAUCAGCCAGCCAGCUCUGUCGCUACUGGGUCUCAGAACCACCAGUCUGUGUUCUUCUCCUCCUCUUCAAACCCAUCCAAGAGGAAGAACUUCUACAGCUCAGCAGGUGAAAAUAGCAGAUCGGGUUACUCGGGUCAUGGGGCUCAGGAACCACGCACUGCAGGGAGGAGAGUGGACGAGGGCUCGGGCAGGAGCUUCAAAACAGCUCGUGAGCAGCUUAUCGUUGACCAGCAGAAGAAGAACUCGCACCAGCCACAGCGAGCUCAGCCCUCUGCAUGGGGCCCAACAACCAAGAAGUCUCUGGGUGCCAACCGCCCGAGGGGGACGUUUUCUAAGUUUGUGUCUCCCAUGCCACGGCAGGAGGAGGAGGGUGGGAGCGCCAGCGAGGCGCCUCAGGAGCCACAGCUGAUUGAUGAGCGUCUGAAGAACUUUGAGCCCAAAAUCGUCGAGCUGAUCAUGAGCGAGAUCAUGGACCACGGCCCGCCGGUGGCCUGGGACGACAUUGCGGGCUUGGACUUUGCCAAGACCACCAUCAAGGAGAUUGUGGUGUGGCCUAUGCUGCGGCCAGACAUCUUCACUGGCCUCCGCGGGCCCCCCAAGGGCAUCCUGCUGUUCGGGCCCCCGGGCACGGGCAAGACGCUGAUCGGGAAGUGCAUCGCCUGCCAGUCGGGGGCCACCUUCUUCAGCAUCAGCGCCUCCUCGCUCACGUCCAAGUGGGUGGGCGAGGGCGAGAAGAUGGUGCGGGCGCUCUUCGCCAUCGCCCGCUGCCACCAGCCCGCUGUCAUCUUCAUCGACGAGAUCGACUCGCUGCUGUCGCAGCGCACGGACGGCGAGCACGACUCGUCCCGGCGCAUCAAGACCGAGUUCCUCGUGCAGCUGGACGGAGCGGCCACCUCGGCGGACGACCGCAUCCUGGUGGUGGGCGCCACCAACCGGCCUCAGGAAAUCGACGAGGCGGCACGCCGGCGGCUGGCCAAGCGCCUCUACAUCCCGCUGCCCGAGGCCGAGGCGCGCCGGAAGAUCGUGUCCGACCUCAUGGGCCGGGAGAAGAGCCAGCUGGGGCCAGGCGAGCUGGAGGGUAUCGUGCGGAGCACCGAGGGCUUCUCCGGGGCGGACAUGACGCAGCUGUGCCGGGAGGCGGCGCUCGGGCCCAUCCGCAGCAUCCAGUUCAGCGACAUGGCCACCAUCACGGCUGAGCAGGUGCGACCCAUCUUCCACAGAGAUUUUCAGGAGGCCCUCAAAACAGUCCGACCCAGCGUCUCUAGUAAGGACUUAGAGCUGUAUGAGGAAUGGAACAAGACUUUUGGCUGUGGACGAUGACUGGUGACAAAUGUAAUUGUUUUGUUUUGGUGUCUGUGGAAUUACAACAAUUUAUUUUUAACAUUUUCAUUUUUGUUGCAGUUUAAUGUGUCUACGAAUCAGUUAAACUAUACACUAAAAGUUACUUAUCAGUUAUGACAAGUAUGUGGUUUUGUAAAAAGUUAAUAAAGUACCAUUCCUCUUUUAUAUCAAUAUCA